CCUAGGUAACGCUCCGUAAGGCUGGAAUGCGCCAAGCGGUGGCCCUCUCACCAUCCUUAAAACCCUCCACUUGAUCUCUCUUGGUCCAUCAACCAACCACCACUACCCGAUCUCCCUCCACUCUUCAGUUGCCACGACUCUCGAUCGACCCGACAUAUCAGCGCUCCCACUACACAUUCUCACUACCGUACUGUUCGACAUGUCUGGCAAAGACAAUACAAGCUCGGGGAGCGGUUCCUCCGGUGGCUCGUACCACCCAUACCAGAUCACCAAUAGUGGCGUCAACAAUGCAGGCAACAGCUGGGACACACGCACUCAGCCUGGAGGGUCUGCCUACCACUACUCCAAUACCGAUGGCUCCUAUUACUACUCCAAUGCGAAUGGCAGCACCUACCACCACAACGGCAAUGGAGGCUCGACCUACACAGCUCCCAACGGCAACGUCUACAAGAAGUGAGGUGGACUGAACAAGGCCCGGAGGUGUUGGUUGCUUGACGUGAAAAAAGAGUUCUGCAAGAGACCACAUGCCUUACGCUAGCACCACAUCUCGUGUGGAAGCCUCCAGGACCCCGAGAGAGAACCACAUGGCAGCAGGAAUAAUCUUGAUCGACCAAUCAUGGCAAGAAAAAUGUAUCCGCGUAUCAUACAGUAGGAUACACUGCUAGGCAAGACUUGCAAGGGGUUGGGGGCGAACCAUACAUAGGCACCGAACAUGCAUUGAAGCGGAAAAUAUUCACCAUUCGUAGUCCGCUAGCUGCAUGCAAAUCAUACCCUACCUUCCCCACGAA